AUGCCCGAUUCGCUGCCGCGAAGUUCGCGUCGCAGUCGAGUGCCCAAGCGAUAUUUGGAUGAUGAUUAUACGCCGACGCAGAGUGUUGCGGCGAAACGCAACAGAAGUUCGACGCCGGCGACGCCGCUGGCGGCAACUCCGGUCAAAAAUUCGAGGUUGGUAUUGAUUUUUUGGCGGGAAAUGGUGGAAUUUCACGUGAAAAUGUGGAAAUUCAAUGAGUUUCAUGAAAAAUGAUGAAAUUCCGAGUGAAAAUCUGAAAUUUUGGCUGAAAAUGAUGAUUUUUCACUGAAAAUCCACGUUUUCUAGCUGAAAAUGUUGAUUUUUCUGGAAAUAAUGGAAAUCUAGCUGAAAAUCUUGAAUUUUAGCUGAAAAUGAAGGGGUUUCACUGAAAAUCCCCAUUUUAAGCUGAAAAAGAAGCUUUUCUAGCUUAAAAUGAGUCAAAAACCUGAAAAAUCAUACAAAAAGUUGUGCAUCCGGCGUGGCUCGAACCUGUGACCUUCUGGACCGGAAAAUCUCAAAUUUUAGCUGAAAAUCCAGGUUUUCUAGCUGAAAAUAUUAAUUUUUAACUGGAAAUCUUUUAUUUCAGCUGAAAAUCAAGAUUUUCUGGCCAAAAUUCAUGUUUUCUGGCCAAAAAUCGGAAAAUUUGAACAAAAAACCUCGCACCGGGCGUGGGUCGAACCUGUGACCUUUUGAAUCGAAAAAUCUCAAAUUUUAGCUGAAAAUCAAGCUUUUCUAGCUGAAAAUAUCAAUUUUCCACUGAAAAUCUCAAUUUUUAGCUGAAAAUCAAGAUUUUCUAGCUAAAAACUAUACAAAAAACAUAGUUCCCAGCGGGACUCGACCCUGUGACCUUCUGGACUAAAAAUUUCAAAUUUUAGCUGAAAAUCCAGGUUUUCUAGCUGAAAAUAUCGAUUUUCCACUGGAAAUCUGAAAUUUUAGCUGAAAAUCAAGAUUUCCUGGCCAAAAAUCAAGAUUUUCUGGCCAAAAAUCGAAAAAAAUUCCACAAAAAGUCUUGCUCCCACUGUUCCUCGAACCCGUGACCUUCUGAUCCAAAACUGUUGAUUCCAGAUCCUCCCGCAAAUCCACCACCGCCACCCAACAAGCUACCGUAUCUUCCGCUUCCGCUUCCGCACCGCCACCGGCCAAAAAACCGCGACGCAACACGCGCGCCUCUCAAAAAGCGGUCGUCGAAAAGAUCUACGAGGAAGCCGAUUCGGAAUCGGAAGAUUCAGAAGAUCUCGAUUUUCCCGAGCCGAAUUUCGAUGAUUUUGAGGCGGAAGAUGAGAUUUUAGAGGGAUUUUCAGAUGUUUCAGCUGGAAAAAACGUGGCUGAAAAUGAUCAAGAUCAAGAAAUCUACCCAUGGAUCGAUUUGCCGGCGGAAGAAAUUCCGAAAUUAGAGCUUCCGGAAAGCUCUGCGGACAUUCCGCUUCCGCGAAACCUGAUUUUUGACGCGAUUGAAGCUUAUGAAAUUCUCAGAUCACAUCACAGGACACUUAGGCUAACUCCAUUUUUAUUCGAGGAUUUUUGCGGGGCGCUGAUAUCACAGAAUAAUAGUUGUUUGAUGGCUGAGAUUCAUAUUGCAUUGUUGAAAGUUGCAUUGAAAUCGGAUGAUGAGGAAGGAGUGCAUUAUAGGUAAGGUUUUUUGGCUGAAAAUUUGCUAAAAAUGAUUAUUUUUGAGCUGAAAAUCGUUAUUUUUGAUGAAUUUUAAGCCUAGAAACGUGAAAAAUCGAUAAUUUGAAGCUUGAAAGUGUUUUUUGGCUGAAAAUUUUGAAUUUUGGACUGAAAUUCAUCAUUUUUGAUGAAUUUUAAGUCUAGAAACAUGAAAAACUAAUAAUUUGAAGCUUAAAAAGUGUUUUUUGGCUGAAAAUCUUGAAUUCUAGGCUGAAAAUCGUUAUUUUUGAUCAAGCCUAGAAACGUGAAAAAUCGAUAAUUUGAAGCUUAAAAUUGUUUCUUGGCUGAAAAUCGUGAAUUUUAAGCAAAAAAUCACGAUUUUUCAUGAAUUUUAAGCCUAGAAACAUGAAAAAUCGAUAAUUUUAAGCCCUUUUUCGCCAAAAAUGAGCAAUUUCGCUCUAUUGAGAAUUUGGCGGGAUUUUUGAAUAUUUUUCCAAGCGAAAAUUGGCCAUUUUUCGUUUUUUGAGGCUUAAAAUGAGCAAUCCAGUGAUUUCCAACUAAUUUUCUAUGAGAAAUCCAUAAUUUCACCUUGAAACCCUGUGAAAAUUCAAAUUUCCCGGCAAAAUUGAGCGCGGGAACUUGAAAAAUUCAAAUUUUUCCACGAAAAUUGGCAAAUGCGCUCUAUUGAGAAUUUGGCGAAUUUUCAUGAAAAUUCAAAAUUUUAGAAAAACCUGAAAAAAAAAAUUUCGUGCCAAAACGUGACCUGAUGACGUGGCAAAUUUUUAUCAAGAAAAAAAAUAUUUUUCACCUCAUUUCUGAUUUUUCAAAUUUCCCAAAAACCCGCCAAAUGCUCAAUAGAGCGCAUUUGCCAAUUUUCAGCCGAAAAUUUGAAUUUUUCAAGUUCCCGGGGUGAAUUUUGGCGGGAAAUUUGAAUUUUCAAAGAGUUUUGGGGUGAAAUUAUUGAUUUUACGUGAAAAAUUGGUUGGAAAUCACUGGAUUGCUCUUUUUAAGCCUCAAAAAACGAAAAAUGACCAAUUUUCGCUUGGAAAAUAUUCAAAAAUCCCGAAAAACCGCCAAAUUCUCAAUAGAGCGCAUUUGCUCAAAAAUUCGAAUUUUUCAUGUGUCUAGGCUCAAAAUUAUCGAUUUUUCAUGUUUCUGGGCUCAAAAUUCAUCAAAAAUCAUGAAUUUUGGCUCAAAAUUAUCGAUUUUUUGCUCAAAAUCCGAUUUUUCCAGUGUAAACGAUACCAACAACGCCAUCAAUCUAAUAUUGCACCAUUUGGACCCUUUAACCUAUGGUGAAAUCCUUCGAUUAUACAUUGAAGCCUAUCCAGGAGUUGAUGAAAGUGUGCUAGAAGCCGUGAAUGCUCCAAAUUAUCCGUUUGUUGGAUUCGAGCCAAAAUUGGUGGUCAUUUUGUUCAUGUGCUAUCGAUUUUUGUAUUCUUCGGAAUAUCGGAAAGUUGUGAGCAAUUCGGGAGGAUUUAAGGUGAGUUUUUUGCUCAGAAAUGCUCCGAAAUGAGCCAAAAAUCAUGAAAAAUGAGCCAUUUUGAGCCCGGAAACUGCAAAAAUCGAUAAUUUUAAGCCUAGAUUCGAAUUUCCCGCCAAAAAUUGAUUUAAAAUUCAAAUUUUUGAGCAAAUUCGCUCUAUUGAGAAUUUUUGGUUAACAUGAGCAAUACUUCAAAUUGAUAUGUAAAAAUACCAUUGAAAAUGCUCUGAAUUACUGUACCUCCCUUUAAAAAUCAUAAAAAUCGCUUCAGGACCCAGAAAAGUAUUGUAUCUCCCUUCAAAUUCACCUACAGUACCCUUUGGGGUGAAAAUAUCGAUUUUUCAUGAAAAACAGGUCAAAAUGAGGGGAUUGCUCAUGUUAAGCCUGAAAUUCUCAAUAGAGCGCAUUUUCAACUAAAAAUUCUAUUGAAAAUGCUCUGGAUUACUGUACCUCCCUUUAGUUUUCACCUACAGUACUCUAAUUUGCUCUAGGACCCAAAAAACUGUAAAAUUCUGAGGGGUUUCCCAUAGAGUACUGUACCUACCUUUAAAAAUCGGAAAAUUUUGACAAAAAUGCAGAUUUUCGGAUUUUUUGAGCUAGAAUAGUGAUUUCUGACUGAAAUUCGUGAUUUUCAGUGUUUCUAGGCUGAAAAUUCAGAAAAAUCUGAAAUUUUUGAGCUAGAAAACUUGUUUCUAGUAAAAAAUCACAAUCUUAAUAUGAGCAAUCCCAGAAAAUCUCAGAAUUGCUCAUUUUAAGCUCAAGAAACCAUAGAAAAAUUCAAAAAUCCCCCAGAACCCGCCAAAUGUUCAAUAGAGCGCAUUUGCCAAUUUUGGGCUCAAAAAUUUGAAUUUUUCAAGUUCCCGCAGUCAAUUUUGGCGGGAAAUUCAAAUUUUCAAAGCUUUCGGGGUGAAAAUAUCGAUUUUUCAUGAAAAAUUGGUUGAAAAUCACUGGAUUGCUCAUUUUAAGCUUAAAGUACAAGAAAAUUCUCAAUAGAGCGCAUUUGCUUUGAAUUUUUGGCGGUAAAUUCAAAAAUUCAACGGUUUUUCAAUGAAAAAUGACUGGAUUGCUCAUAUUAAGCCUAAAAAAUUCAUUUCUAGGCUUAAAAAUGGCCAUUUUCAGUCAGAAAAAGCUCAUUUCCACCCAAUUUUUUUGCAGAACGAGGAAAGUUGCCGCGUAUGCGGAAAAUCUUCCGCGCGGAUCGUCGGAUGCUCAAGAUGUGAAGCGAGUUUCCACCCCGAAUGCUCAUCUCUCAAACCAUUUCCCGAAGUUUUGAUCUGUAAUUUGUGCACACAAAACGCGGCGGUGAAAGGUGUACAAGAUGCACGACAUUUUGACGAGUGCAUUGAGAAGGAGCCGUUGAGAAUGAGCCCGAUUGGAAGGGAUCGACAUGGAAGGGUUUAUUGGUUUGUCGCCCGACGUGUUUUUGUGUGAGUUUUUUUUUGAGAAAAUUCGAGAAAAAUGCUCCAAAAUGAGCCAAAAAUCGUAUUUUUUGGUGAAAAAUGGCUCAUUUUGAGCCCCGGAACAUGAUUUUUGACCUAAAAUUCAUAAUUUUCGCUUAAAAAUUGAUGAUUUUAAGCCUGGAAAGCUUAACAUGAGCAAUCCCCUCAUUUUGACCUAUUUUCUCAUGAAAAAUCGAUAAUUUCACCCCAAACCCUUUGAAAAUUCAGAUUUCUCGCCCAAAAUUGACCCCGGGAAAUUGAAAAAUUCAAAUUUUCACUCUAGAAUGCGCUCUAUUGAGAAUUUGGCGGGUUCUUGGGGGUUUUUGAAUUUUUCUAUGGUCUCUUGAGCUUAACAUGAGCAAUACCGCGUUUUUCUGUCAUUGCUCAUGUUAAGAUUGUGAUUUUUGGCUAGAAACGAGUUUUCUAGCUCAAAAAUUUCAGAUUUUUCUGAAUUUUCAGCCUAGAAACUCUGAAAAUCACGAAUUUCAGUCAAAAAUUGAAUUUGGGCUAAAAUCUAAGGUUUCUAGGUUCAAAAAUCAUAAAAAUUCAAAAUUUUGGCUUCAAAAGUCAUAUUUUCAAGCUAAAUUCAUAUUUCUAGCUUGAAAUUUCAGAUUUUUCUGAAUUUUCAGCCCUGAAAUCAAAUUUAUCCUGAAAAUUAUGUGUUCUAGCUUAAAAAUCAUGAAAAUUCCAAAUUCUUACUCUAAAAUUCAUAAUUUUGAGCAAAAUUCAUAUUUCUAGCUUAAAAUUUCAGAUUUUUCAUAAUUUUCAGCUCAAAAAUCUGUAAUUUUCAGUCCUGAAAUCAAAUUUAUCCCAAAAAUUAUGUGUUCUAGCUCGAAAAACCCCAAAAAUCACAAAUUUUUGCUCUAAAACUCAAUUUUCAGCUCAAAUCCUCAAGAAAUCUGUAAUUUUUCGAAUUCGGGCUGAAAUGUGAGGUUUCUAUGUUGAAAAACCAUGAAAAUUCAGAAUUUUGGCUCCAAAAAUCAUAUUUUCAAGCUAAAUUCAUAUUUCUAGCUUGAAAUUUCAGAUUUUUCUGAAUUUUCAGCCCUGAAAUCAAAUUUAUCCUGAAAAUUAUGUGUUCUAGCUUAAAAAUCAUGAAAAUUCCAAAUUUUUACUCUAAAAUUCAUAAUUUUGAGCAAAAUUCAUAUUUCUAGCUUAAAAUUUCAGAUUUUUCAUAAUUUUCAGCUUAAAAAUCUGAAAUUUUUGUGUCUAGGCUCAAAAAUCUGUAAUUUUCAGUCCUGAAAUCAAAUUUAUCCCAAAAAUUAUUUGUUCUAGCUCAAAAAGUACUAAAAAUCACAAAUUUUUGAUCUAAAACUCAAAAUUUUGAGCAAAAUUCAAUUUUCUAGCUUAAAAAUCAUGAAAAUUUCAAAUUUUCAGCCCAAAAAUCCCCAAUUUUCAGCCAAUCUGAAGACGAAUCCACUGAAAUCCACUACUAUUCAACAGUUCCCCAAUUAUAUCAACUCCUCGAAUCUCUAGAUGAAAAAUUCUACGAAAAAUCGCUUUGCGCAUUUUUUCGCAAAAAUAUCGAUGAAUUUUUGGAGCAAAUGACCCAAACUUUUGAAUUAUCUGGAGAAAGAAUUGAGCAAAUUGUCAAGGAAAAAGUGGCCCGAAAAGUGUAUUUUGAACAAUUGCCUGAGAUGUAUUUACAACAGGAUAAUGGUGAGCUGGUUUUUGGGCUGAAAAUCGAUAAUUUUAAGCCAAAAUUCAUCAAUUUUGGAGCAUUUUGAGCCCAGAAACAUGAAAAAUCGAUGAUUUUGAGCUAAAAUUCAUCAUUUUUACCCAUUUGUCAUGAAAAAUGCUCCAAAAUGAGCCCAGAAACUUGAAAAUUCAAAUUUCCCGCCAAAAUUGACCCCGGAAACAUGGAAAAUGCGCUCUAUUGAGAAGUUGGGCUUAACAUGAGCAAUCCCCUUAUUUUUGAGCCAUUUUUCAUGAAAAAUUGAGUUUUCAGCAUUGCUCAGGUUAAAUUUUGAUUUUUUCCAUGAAAAAUCGAUAAUUUCACCCCGAAACCUUUGAAAAUUCAAAUUUCCCGCCAAAAAUUCACCCCGGGAACUUGGAAAAAUUCAAACUUUGUAAGCAAGUGCGCUCUAUUCAGAAUUUAGGCUUAACAUGAGCAAUAUAGUGAAUUUCAGCCAAGAUUGCUCAUUUUAAAUUUGAAAUUGUGGAUUUUCGAGAUAAAUAGCAUUUCUCAUGUUAAUUUUCAGGUUUUUUUUUUAGAAAUUCUGGAUUUUCAGAAUUUUGAGCCAAAAAUGUAAAAUUGUCUGAAAUUUUCAGAUUUUCUUAGAUUUCUUAUUGAAAAUCCAAUCAUUGCUCAUAUUAUACUCAAAAAUUCCCGGAAACCCUUCUCAUUAGAGCGCACUUGCCAAUUUUCAGCAAAAAUUUGAAUUUUUCAAAUUCCCGCGCUCUCAAUUUUGGCGGGAAAUUUGAAUUUUCAGAGUUCCAGGGCUAAAAAUUCCUUGAAAAGAUGAAAAUUAACCCAAAACCGUAUUAUUAACAUGAGCAAUCCCUAAAAUUCACGAGAUUGCUCAUGUUAAGCCCAAAUUCUCAAAAAGUUUUUGAAAAAUCGAUAAUUUUAAGCCCGGAUUGCUCAUGUUAGAUUUGGAGCAAAAAUCUUGAAAUUUCAGAAAAACUAACAUGAGCAAUGCUUGAAAAAAGCAAAAUUUCUCAUGUUAAGAUCAGGAAAAAUUCAAAAAUUCUCAAUAGAGCGCAUUUGCUAAUUUUCACCUAAAAAUUUGAAUUUUUCAAGUUCCCGGAGUCAUUUUUCGCGGGAAAUUUGAAUUUGGCCUUGAAAUUAUCGAUUUUUAAUGCAUUGCUCAUGUUAAUCCACAUUUUUGCAGUCAAAAGAAUGUCAUCAAUUCUGUAUAGUUGUCGUCAAAUUGCCUAUCUCAAACAAGAAGCCGAAAUGGCUGUAAAAAAAGAGGAGGCUGCUGAAAAUCCGGUUGAAAAUCCGCCAAAAAUCCUGUCUGAAACACUUUUGGGAAUUCACGACGCGAGAUUAGUCAACACAUUUUGGAGCUGUGGAGUUCAGGAGGAGGCACUCAUCGAUUUGUAUGUUCAAAAUCACGGCGACGCCCAGAUUUUGGCGGAGAAAUUUUGGCGAAUGGGCGAUGCGAAGUGUGAUGAUAGGUUUAUGUGAGUUUUUUCGGGGGUGAAAAUGAGCCAAAUUUCGCGAAAAAUGCUCAAAAAUGAGCCUGGGAGCCUGAAAUUUCGAUUUUUCAUCAAAUUUGGGUUCUAAAGACACCUUACACGCCUAAUUUUGGUUAAAAAUUGAUUUUUCAGAAAAUUUCCCAUCAUUUUGACAUAUUUUUUAUGAAAAAUGCUCAAAAAUGAGCCUGGGACCCUGAAAAUUUGAUUUUUCGUGAAAUUUGGGUUCUAAAACACCUUACACUCCUAAUUUUGCUUAAAAAUUGAUUUUCUGAUCAUUUUGACCUUUUUCCAUGAAAAAUCGAUAGUUUUAAGCAGAGCUGGGACAAACCGUAAAAUUGAUUUUCAGUUCAGUGGGUUGGAAUUCAUAUUUUCUCCCGCUAAAUCAUUAAAUCUCAUAAACAUCAUCAGGGAGUAUGAUUCAAAACUUCAAGCCUAAAAAAAUCAGCGAGAGAUAACGACCGUAAAAUUUCGUAAAACGUAAAAUUUUCCCAGGUGUGGUUUUAAGCCUAGAUUUGAGUUUCCCGCCAAAAAUUGACCAAAAAAUUCAAAUUUUUGAGCAAGUUCGCUCUAUUGAGAAUUUUUAUACACCAAUUUUCAUGAAAAAUGGCAUUUUCCUAGUGUAACAUGAGCAAUCUUGUGAUUUUUGGAUGAAAAUGGAUAUUUUCAGCCUGAUUGCUCAUAUCAAACUCGAAAAAAUCGGCUGAAAAAUCAUACCAUUGCUCAUAUUAGAGCUAAAAAUCCAUAGUAAUAGUUUAAUAUGAGCAAUGAUCCAAAAAUUUGAAUUUUUCGAUUUUUGGCUUGAAAAAGCUCAAAGUUUAACAUGAGCAAUGUUGAUUUUGGUCUAAAAAUCUCGAAAAUUAAGUUUUCUAGCUCAAAAAUCCCCAAAUUUAUUGAUUUUUGGCUCGAAAUUACUAUUUUAAAAUGAGCAAUGCUAUUUUUCAUGAAAUUUCGUGUUUUUUAGUUGAAUUUGGUCGAAAAUUAUCGAAAAACUAAGUUUUCUAGCUCAAAAAAUCAUAUUUUUAAUAUGAGCAAUGCUAUUUUUCAUUGAAAAUUGUAGAUUUCAUGAUUUUUAGGUGAAAAACCUUAAAAAUGCACUUUCCUAGCUCAAAAAUAUCCAAAUUUCUCGAAUUUUGGCUCAAAAAUCCAAUUUUUAACAUGAGCAACGCUGUUUUUCAUUAAAAUUGAAGACUUCUUGGUUUUUAGGUGAAAAACCUUAAAAAUUCACUUUAUUAGCUCAAAAAUAUCCAAAUUUAUUGAUUUUUUGCUCAAAAUUGUAAUUUUAAUAUGAGCAAUGUUGAUUUUGGUCUAAAAAUGUCGAAAAAUUAAGUUUUUUAGCUCAAAAAAUGCCCAAAUUUAAUUUCAGGCUCUACAAAAACUUCUACGCUCAAAACGAAAUGUCGGAAGGCUUCCACGCGCGCAAAAAAACCCAGGAUCGAAAAAAGUACAUGUUCUCGAAAUUUUCGUUCCACGAAGACGCGAAUUUCCAAUUCGACUGGACAAUUCCGCGCGAAAAAUCGACGAUUUUCGGCCCAGAAAUGAUUUUGGAAAAGAUCCUGGCUUGCACCAUUCAAAAAUUCGCCCGAAAAUUACCCUUAGCCCUAAUGCACCGAAAAUGGCGCAAAAAUCUGGCUCCUUUCGAGCAAAAAUUGGCGGAAUCGCGAAAUUUUGCGGAUUUUGCACAAAGAUUGCUGGAAUUUGAGAUGGCUAUUCGAAAAACGGUUUUUGUACCACAAUAUUAUAAUGGAAUUGGACAGACGCGAUUUGAGAGAAGUACGGUGGAGCAGAGAGAUUUGGCGGCUAAAGAAUUCCAGAGAGCCAAAAAAUUGGAAGUGGUACGUGUUUUUUAGCUGAAAAUCUUGAAAAUUUGGUGAAAAAUGCUCCAAAAUGAGCCAAAAUUCAUGAAAAAUGCUCCAAAAUGAGCCCAGAAACUUGAAAAUUCAAAUUUCCCGCCAAAAUUGAGCCCUGGGAGUUGGAAAAUUCGCUUCAUUGAGAAUUUAGCCUUAACAUGAGCAAUCCCCUCGUUUUCAAUCAAUUUUUCAUGAAAAAUCGAUGUUUUUUGCAUUGCUCAGGUUAAUUUUUGAAUUUUUCAGGAUUAAUAUGAGCAAUCCACCUGUUUCAGACCAAUUUUUCAUGAAAAAUCGAUAUUUUCACCCCAAAACCAAUGAAAAUUCAAAUUUCCCGCCAAAAUUGAUCCUGGGAACUUGAAAAAUUCAAAUUUUAGCUCAAAAAUUAGCAAAUGCGCUCUAUUGAGAAUUUGGGGGAUUUUUGAAAAAUUCAAAUUUUCAUUUUUUUUUAAAUUUUUGAAAAUUCAAAUUUUGGCGCCAAUAUUUGAUCUACGUAAUGCUCAUGUUAAUUUUUGAAUUUUUCAGGAUUAAUAUGAGCAAUCCCGUCAUUUUUCAUGAAAAAUGCUCCAAAAUGAGCCCAGAAACGUGAAAAUUGAGCAAUCUUUAAAAAUCGAUAUUUUCGUAGGAUUGCUCAGAUUAAACUCAAAAUAAUCAGUUUUUUGCGUCAAAAUUCGAAGCAUUGCUCAUAUUAAAUUGAGCCCGGGAAAGUGGAAAAUUCAAAUUUUAGCUCGAAAUCUGAAGCAAAUGCGCUCAAUUGAGAAUUUUUGGCGCCAAAAAAUUUUCAAAAAAAAAAUAUUUUUUGCUAAUUUUUUUUUCACGUGACCCAUGUAUUUUUUUUCCACGUGGAAUUUUGCCAAAACCAAAAAAAAAUCAUUAAUUUUUCAAUUUCCUCUCAUUUCCAGGAUGCUAUUCAGAAAGAAUUGGACGACUCAUUUGUCCGUGUGAACUACAGAAAACCCAAAUGGCCAAACACGUAUUUGAUGCGACAAAAAGUGAGUUUUUCAGCUGAAAUUCGAGAAUUUCAGCCAGUUUUGACUGAAAAUGAGCUAAAAAUCAUGAAAAUUGGAGCAUUUUGAGCCCAGAAACAUGAAAAUUUGAAUUUCCCGCCAAAAUUGACCCCGGGAAGUUGAAAAAUUCAAAUUUUUAUCCAGAAUUUAGCAAAUGCGCUCUAUUGAGAAUUUUGCGGGUUUUCAUUAAAAUUCAAAUUUUUAGACGUAAAUUUUUCGAUUUUAGCUCAUUUUUCUAGCUUAACAUGCUGAAAUUCGAGAAUUUCAGCCAUUUUUGACUGAAAAUGAGCCAAAAAUCAUGAAAAUUGGAGCAUUUUGAGCCCAGAAACAUGAAAAUUUGAAUUUUUAGCUUGAAAUUCAGCAAAUGCGCUCUAUUGAGAAUUUGGCGGGUUUGCAUUAAAAUUCAAAUUUUUAGACCUAAAAUUAUCGAUUUCAGCUCAUUUUCCAUGCUGAAAACGCUGAAAAUCAUCAUUUUCAGCGCAAAAAAAUCAAUAAUUUUCCAGGGUGAAUUCUACAGAAAUGCCGGAAAAGGUGGAAUGGGCGGUUGGUAUUGGAUCUCGGCCAAAAGACCACAAAAACUUGGCGAUGUGCCAAAAAAGCCGAGUUUAAAGGAGCAGGAGGCGAAAGUGUUGGAUGAGGUGAGAGACGCAGAGGAAAUUUCGAAUUUUUCUGGUUUAACAUGAGCAAUCUGAAGAUUUUUCACAGAAAUUUGGUGGGAAAACGAUAAUUUUAUAGGAUUGCUCAUGUUAAGCUCGAAAAUUAGGUUUUUGAAGUUAAGAAUUAGUGAAUUACUCAUAUUAAACUCUGAAAAUUCGACUUUUUGAGCUGAAAAUUAAUAAAUUGCUCAUAUUAAACUUUUAAAAUUCGGUUUUUAUGCUGAAAAUUAGUGUAUUACUCAUAUUAGACUAGAAAAAUCCAGUUUUGUCUAUAAAAUUAUAGGAUUGCUCAUGUUAAACCUGAAAAAUUCAGAAUUUUGUUCAAAAUUCAUAUCAUUGCUCAUAUUAAACUUUUAAAAAAAUCGAUUUUUAUGCUGAAAAUUAGGGUAGUGCUCAUAUUAGUCUAGAAAUUUCGAAUUUGAAUUACAAAAUCAUAUAAUUGCUCAUAUUAAGCUAGAAAAAUCCAGCUUUGGACAAAAAAUUCAUAGCAUUGCUCAUUUUAAUCACUAGAAUAAGAUCAUUGCUCAUAUUAGUCCUAAAAAUCCAACAUUUCUAUCAAAAAUCAUAGAAAUGCUCAUAUUAGACCUGAAAAUCCCUAAAAUUCAGCAUUGCUCAUAUUAAUACCCCAAAUUUUUCCAGGAACAACAAAAAUCCAACCGCAAAGCCUCAAAUCUUCUCAAAAUCACGGAAAAACUCGGAAAAUUGGCCGAAGCACGCGAAAAACGUCGAAAAUUCGACGAAAAUCCCGAACUCGGCAAAUCCUACAAAUUUUCCACGUGUUACGCGUCAAAAUGCGCGGGAAAAUCCGGAAAUUCAAAUUUUUCGUGCUAUUCCCCAAAUUGUCGCACGAAAUAUUGGGAAAAAGUGGAGGCGGCAGAGAAACGAGCCGAAUUGCGAAGAAAUCGUGUUGUGGGACAAGAGUUGAUGUGGGAUAUACCAGAAGUGCAGACAUUUGGAUCGAAAUCGGAUAGAAAGAAGCGGAAUUUGUUCAUUUUGCAGAAAAAGUGAGUUUUUUGAGCGAAAAUGCUCCAAAAUGAGCCCGAAAUCAUGAAAAUUGGAGCAUUUUGAGCCCAGAUUCGAAUUUCCCGCCAAAAAUUGACCCUGGGAACAUGGAAAAUGCGCUCUAUUGAGAAUUUUUGCUUAACAUGAGCAAUCCAAUCAUUUUGACCAUUUUUUAAUAAAAAAUCGAUGUGUUUUGCAUUGCUCAUGUUAAUUUUUGAAUUUUAAGGCUUAACAUGAGCAAUCCAAUCAUUUUAAUGAAAAAUCGAUAAAAAUUCAAAUUUCCCGCCAAAAAUUGACCCCGGGAAGUUGAAAAAUUCAAAUUUUUGAGCAAAUGCGCUCUAUUGAGAAUUUUGGAGUUUUCCAAGAGAAGUACACGGAUUUCACAGUAUUUUUAUGAAAAUCUGUGUAGUUCUCUUGGAAAACGCUGAAAAUUCCAGAUUUUCAGCAAAAAAAUGCUAGGAUUGCUCAUGUUAGAUCUGGAGACAAAAAUCUUGAAAUUUCAGAAAACCUAACAUGAGCAAUGCUCGAAAAAAGCAGAAUUGCUCAUGUUAAGCGCAAGAAAAAUUCUCAAUAGCUGAAAAUUUGAAUUUUUCAAGUUCCCGGGGUCAAAUUUGGCGGGAAAAUCAAAUCUAGCCUUAAAAUUAUCGAUUUUUGUGGAAAAAUUGAUCGGAUUGCUCAUGUUAGAGUGAAAUUGGCCAUUUCUGACCAGAAAUGGCUCAUUUUUUAGGUUUUUAGCCCCCAAAAACCCGAUUUUCUUCCAGAAUUCUUCGAAAACUGUGUAAAACUGGUGGAUGUCAACAAAUCUAUCUCCCAGGCUUCUCCCUAGCCGGAAAAUCCAAUCCGUCAGUCUGGAAUUAUCCGGCCCCCAGGCCCUGUUUUGAUCUUUGCUGGAAAUGGCAACUUUUGAAUGCGAAAAGCCUGCACGCCGUCUCGUUGGCCCUAAAAAUCCUGUGGACCACAAUUCGAUGGUCCGAAAUGGAUCCGGAUGAUACGCAUCCGGAUCGACGCGUUGUUGUCGAUCAUCCGACGCAUGAUGAGAGACGGAAAGUUAUUUGGCAUCAUGAAAUGGGACCAUUUGGACAGUAUGAGAGGUUUGUUCUUCAUUUUUAAGCAAAAAUUCAUGAAAAAUGCUCCAAAAUGAGCCCGGAAACCUCAAAAAUCAAUAAUUUUAAGCCUAGAUUCGAAUUUCCCGCUGAAAUUCACCCCGGGAACUCUAAAAUUGAAGCAAGUGCGCUCUAUUGAGAAUUUGGGCUUAACAUGAGCAAUCCACUCAUUUUGAGCCGAAAUUUAUCAUUUUUGGUGCAUUUUGAGCCCGGAAACCUCGAAAAUCAAUAAUUUUAAGCCUAGAUUCGAAUUUCCCGUCAAAAAUUUACCCCGGGAAGAUGAAAAAUUCAAAUUUUCACUGAAAAUUUGAAGCAAAUGCGCUCUAUUGAGAAUUUGGGCUUAACAUGAGCAAUCCCCCUUAUUUUUCAAGCAUUGCUCAUGUUAGUUUCUAUGGAAUUUUGAGGUUUUCGUCAAUUUUUGGCCUCAGGAGCUCGAAAAGUUGAUUUUGCCACGUCAUAGCUCAUUUUUAGCCCAGAAUUUGAAUUUUCUAUUGAAAAAUCUUGGAAUUAACAUGAGCAAUGCUGAAAAAUUGAUAAAAAUUGACACGAAAAAUUCAAAACCCCCUCUGAAUCCGCCAUAUUCUCAAUAGAGCGCAUUUGCGAAUUUUCAGCUGAAAAUUUGAAUUUUUCAAGUUACAGGGGUGAAUUUUGGCGGGAAAUUUGAAUUUUCAAAGGGUUUUGAGUGAAAAUUUCGAUUUUUCAUGGAAAAUGGGUAAAAAAUGACAGGAUUGCUCAUUUUAAUCAUGAAAAUAUCAAAAAUUAACAUGAGCAAUGCUGAAAACUCAAUUUUUCAUGAAAAAUGGGUCAAAAAUAAGGGGAUUGCUCAUGUUUAGCCCAGAUUCUCAAUAGAGCGCAUUUUCCAUGUUCCCAGAGUUAAUUUUAGCGGGAAAUUUGAAUUUUCAAGUAUCUGGGCUCAUUUUGGAGCAUUUUUCAUCAAAAAUGGGUUAAAAUGAUGAAUUUUAGCUCAAAACUAUCGAUUUUUCAUGAUUUUUAGCUUAAAAUUGAGCAUUUUUGAGCAAAAACUAACAUGAGCAAUGCUAUUUUUCAUUACAGAUACCUUAUGGAAAUCGAAAUCAUCCCCCUGUACAAUGAUGAUCUUUUCGAUGAAGAAGAUGACGCGUGGAGUGCGAAAAAAGAGCGAGAAGGAAAAAAGACGGGAAAAUCGACGCGGAAAUCGCGCGGAUUCAGCGACAAAGCGGCAAUUUCCGGAAGCGCGACGCGUCGCGUCCCAAAAGAGAUUAAAAAAGUCUGGUUUGAUGGGGUGGAUUUGAAAUUGUAUGAGAUUCGCGACUAUUGGAAGCUGGUGAUUAAAGGAGAAGAAGAUGAGGAGAGACGGUUGGCACCGCCUCCGCCGCCGCGGAAAUUUGCCGCGCCUGGUUCCGCGACGGCGGCCGCGAAAAAGCAGGCGGAUUAUUUCAAUAAACAUCCUGUGGGAAGUGUUGGAGCGACUUUGGUGCAUAGUAUGGCACAGUUUCGAGCGCUACAUAGCAAUGCGGGAAAGACUAGAAAUUCUGUUGGACAACCCAUGCAUCCGGUGAGCAUUUUUGGAUUUUUUGAGCUCAGGAGCUCAUUUUAGAGCUAAAAUUCGAGAAAAAUGGAGCAUUUUGAGCCUAGGACCUUGUUUUUGAGCGAAAUUCGAGAAAAUUGGAGCAUUUUGAGCUUCUGGGAUGAUUUCUGAGCCGAAAAUCAUGAAAAAUGGAGCAUUUUGAGCUCUGGAGCUGAUUUUUGAGCAGAAAUUCGAGAUUUUUAGGUCUGGAGCUAAUUUUAGAGCUGAAAAUCAUGGGAAAUGGAGCAUUUUGAGCCUAGGAGCUUGUUUUUGAGCCGAAAAUCAAGAAAAAUGAAUAAAUUUGAGCUCUGGACCUUGUUUUUGAGAAAAAAUUUGAGAUUUUUAGGUCUGGAGCUAAUUUUAGAGCUGAAAAUCAUGGGAAAUGGAGCAUUUUGAGCCUAGGAGCUUGUUUUUGAGCCGAAAAUCAAGAAAAAUGAAUAAAUUGGAGCUCUGGACUUUGUUUUUGAGAAAAAAUUCGAGAUUUUCAGGUCUAACGCUCAUUUUCAGCUAAAAAAACAAGAAAAAUGAAGAAUUUUGAGCUCUGGAGCUCAUUUUAGAGCCGAAAAUCAUGAAAAAUGAGCAUUUUGAGCCCGGGAGUUAGUUUUUGAGCAAAAUUUUGAGGUUUUCAGGUCUGGGGCUCAUUUUUGAGCCGAAAAUCAUGAAAAAUGGAGCAUUUUGAGCUCCGGAGCUAGUUUUUGAGCAAAAAUUCGAGAUUUUUGAGUCUAGAGCUCAUUUUCAGCUAAAAAACAAGAAAAUUGGAGCAUUUUUGGUUGAAGCCCUUAUUUUUAAGCAAAAAUUUGAGAUUUUCAGGUCUAGAGCUCAUUUUAGAGCCGAAAAUCAUGAAAAUUGGAUAAUUUUUAGGUCUAGAGCUCAUUUUCAGCUAAAAAACAGGAAAAUUUGAGCAUUUUGGCACCGGGGCUAAAUUUAGAGCAAAAAUUUCGAGAUUUUCAGGUUUAGAGCUCAAUUUCAGCUGAAAAACAAGAAAAUUCAGAAUUUUGAGCUCAGGAGCUGGUUUUUAAGCAAAAAUUCGAAAUUUUCAAGUCCAGAGCUCAUUUUAAAGCUAGAAAUCAUGGAAAAUGAAGAAUUUUGAGCUCCGGAACUUAUUUUUGAGCCAAAUUGCGAGACAAUUUGCUCAUUUUAAGCUUGGAGCCUUCAAAAUUCAAAUUUCCCGCCAAAAUUGACCCCGGAAACGUGAAAAAUUCAAAUUUCCAGCCCAAAAUCGGCAAAUGCGCUCUAUUGAGAAUUUUCGCCAAUUUCCGGAUGAAAAUUUGAAUUUUUCAAGUUCCCGGGGCUAAAAUUAUCGAUUUUUCAUGGAAAAUAGCUCAAAAAAUGUGAUUUUCAAGGCAUUGCUCAUGUUAACAUCAACAAAAAUAUUUUUUGCAGUCACACCAUCUCCACCCGUCACAAUUGGCCGCCCGUAUCGGACCACCACCAAUGCCACAACCACGUCGCCCCCCGCAAGCCCCGCCCACAAAUAAUGGCAAUUUGCCAAAAUUGGCACCGCGCCAAACCUUUGCGCCACCGAAAAUGAUUCCGCAAACGCAUCCGCAGAUCCGCAAUAGCUAUCCGCUUCAACAUCCGCAGGAUUAUCGAUUUUCUCAACAACCGUCUACGUCACGAGCUGCGGCCGGAAGAGAUUCGCUUCCGCUUCCGCAGCCGCCUGCCGCGGCUACAGUAGCCUACCGUAAUGUACAACUCGCGCCGAGACCCAUCCAAGCAAUGCGACAAACAUCGAAUGGUUAUCAGUUUGCGGAAGGAGCGAUCCGCGGAGGCGGAAGGAACGGAAAUCCGCAACCGCAACCGCAACCCACUACGAUUAUCAGAAAGGUUUAUUAUAAAACUGUUGAAGUGAGUGAAAAUGAGCCAAAAUUUGGGAUUUUUAGAUGAAAAUGGGCCUAGAAACGUGAAAUUUAGCCUAAUUUUGGUCAUGGGACGAAAAAUUGGUCUUGAGACGAUUUUUGACAUCAAAAUGACUAGAUUUCAUGAAUUUUCAUAAAAUUUGGGUCUUGGAGCGAAAAUUUGAACAAAAUUUUGUUUCUAGAGCGAAAUUUCCGAUAUUUUGAGCCUAAGAACGUGAAAUUUAGCCUAAUUUUGGUCAUGGGACGAAAAUUUGACUUAUAUUGGGCUCUGAAACGAUUUUUCACCUUAAAAUGACUAGAUUUCAUGAAUUUUGGGUCUUGGAGCGAAAAUUGGUCUUAAAACGGGUUCUGGAACGAUUUUUGAACCGAAAUUCGAGAAAUUUUCGAUAUUUUGAGCCUAGAAGCGUGAAAAUCAUGAAUUUUCGUCCCAGGACCAAUUUUUAUGCAAUUUUCAUGUUUCUAGACUUGAAAACCUCGAAUUUUCGUCCCAGGAAUCAAAUUUAAGGUUAAAAUCCAAGAUUCAAUGAAAAAUGAGCUCAAAUUUGGGAUUUUUGAGCAAAAAUGAGCCUAUGAGCGUGAAAUUUAGCCUAAUUUUGGUCCUGGGACGAAAAAUUGAUCGGAAAUUGGUCUCGGGACGAUUUUUGAACUAAAAUUCAAGAAAUUUGAACUAAAACUGAUCUUGCCACGAUUUUUCGACCUGAAAUUUUGAAAAUUUCGAUGAAAAUCUGGUUUUGGAACGAUUUUCAGCGUAAUUUUUGAUGAAAAUCAGCUUUUCCUAUUGAAAUUUACUCAAAUUCACACGAAAUUCCAAUUUUCAGCGAACUUUUAACUGAAAAUUUGAAAAAAUCACCAAAUUUUAACCUAAAAUAAUUUUUUCACCUAAAAUUCAAGUUUUACCCCCGAAAAACUCGAAAAUUCCAUAAUUUUCCCUCAAAACAUUCAAAAUUCCAUAUUUUCCCACGUAUUUCAAUCAAAUUUCCCCCUGGAAAACCCCAAUUUUCAGCCAGAAAUCUGAAAAUUCCCAUUUUCGCCCCAAAAUUUGUUCAAAACAAGCAAACGCGCUCCAUUGAGAGAAGCGAGCCGCGACGCGUCACGAGACGCGUUGCGGUUUGUUUUCAUUUUUCUUUUUUGCGAGCGUCUUUUCUGGGGUUUUCCCAGUUUUUCAGAGUUUUGAGCUGAAAUUCAGGGGUUUUUGAGAUUUUAAGAUGAAAUUCAUAUUUUCAGCCGGUUGGGGAACCACAUCAAACACCAGAAAUGCGUCGAAUGGUCGUGCAACAACCCAAAAAUCCAGGAUUAGCUGGAGAAGAAGCGAUUGGUGCAAACAAUGCGUCAGAUGGUGAUGAGCCUCCACCAAUCAUCCCAAGAUAUGAUCAGCAGCCACCAAUUCGACAUGUCUAUCAACAACAAACGCAGCGGAUUAUUCCGCAAGCGGCGCCGGGCGGAAAAGGACCGGUUAUCGUCAUCAAACGAGCCGCCAAUGAUCCUGGAACGAAUGUGGUGAUAAGACAGGCGAUUCCGAGUGGUGGUCGAAUUGUGCAAGUGCGAAAUGCUGCGCCGUCCGCAGGCGGUGCGCGAGUUAUGCGAAUUCAGCCGGGCGGAUUGGCGCCGCAACGCGCAUUCGUCACACCGAAUACGCAGAUGAUUCAGAAGGCGCGGAUUGUGCCGCGCGGUGGAACCACCAUGCAAAUGGCACAACAACAAUUGGUUGGUGAUUUUGGGCUGGGUUUUUGGGGAAAAAUGGCCUGGAAGCUGAUUUUUGGGCUGAAAAUGCGAUUUUUGAGCUCAAAAAUCGCCUUUUUGUCCCAGAAAUUGGUUUCCUGACUCUAAAAUACAAAAAAAAUACAAAAAUUUCUGGAUUUUAGACCUUUUAAAGCCCCCGGGCCUUUGUUAGGUCGAAAAAAAUCCGAUUUUUGGUCUAAAACAGGCCCCCAGGCCUAUUUUAGACUGAAAAUCAGAGAAAAUCUUAAGUUUCUGCAUGUUUUUGCUGUUUUUCUGUCCAUUUUUGUUCAAAACUUGAAAUUUUGCAGGAAACCAACGAUCUGCAGCCAGAAGAAGAGCAAAUCCAGCAGGAAUUUUAA